AAAAUAUUUAAAUACAAUCUGAAUAUUGACUAUAGUCUGUGAAUACAGCUAAUCAUAGAUCAAUCACAUCCAAGAUUUCAGCUACUAUAUAAACUUUGUGGAUGGAACAAAACACGGAUUUCAACCCAUACCCACGCCAAUCCCAAUAACCUUUUCCAGGAUUCUCCUCAAUUCAAUCCAAAAAUAGCAAAGAAGGAAAUUCCCAAAUGGGGGACGAAACCAAGAAUCUGCUCAGCUAUGGAGACAAGAGCCGGAUGUACGCGCGGUGCGUGUCCCACGCGCAGGACGAGCUCCACAGCUUCCGAACAUGGCUGAAAUGGCUGUGCGUGGAUCAAUCGGACGCCUGCACCACCGCCCUCUCCUGGACCGUCUUCCUCGCCAUGACGAUUGUGGUCCCCGCGGUUUCCCACUUCGUCCUCGCCUGCGCCGAUUGCGACAGCCUCCACAGCCGCCCCUAUGACACGGUGGCCCAGCUCUCGCUCACCGGCAUCGCCGCCCUAUCCUUCGUAUCUCUCUCCACUUUUGUCCGGCGGUAUGGCCUCCGGAGAUUCUUAUUCUUCGAUAAGCUCCGGGACGUGAGCGAGACCGUCAGAAAUGGUUAUACCCAACAAUUUAAUAGAUCGCUGAAGAUAUUAUUUGUGUUUGUUCUGCCAUGUUUUGCGGCUGAGAGUGCAUACAAGAUUUGGUGGUACAGCUCCGGAGGAACACGAAUUCCCUUCUUGGGGAACGUGAUUGUGAGCAACACUGUGGCCUGCGUGCUUGAGCUCUGCUCAUGGUUUUACCGAACAAUGGUCUUCUUCUUGGUCUGUAUCCUCUUCCGGCUCAUAUGCUACCUUCAGAUCCUGCGUAUGCAGGAUUUUGCCCUUGUUUUCCAAGUCCAUUCGGAUGUGCAGUCGGUGCUGAGGGAGCACCUCAGGAUCAGAAGGCAUCUCAAGAUUAUAAGCCAUAGGUACAGAGUAUUUAUAUUGUGGGCGCUCGUAUUCAUCACGGCCAGCCAGUUUGCUUCCCUUCUUAUGACAUUACGGCCCAAUGCGCAUGUCAAUAUAUAUCACUGUGGAGAACUAGCGGUUUGCUCGGUCAGCCUCCUAGCAGGGCUCCUGAUUAUAUUACGAAGCGCAGCCCGGAUCACGCAUAAAGCGCAGGCUGUGACAAGCUUCGCAGCCAAAUGGCACGCGUGUGCCACGAUUGACUCGUUUGACAUGGCAGAAACCGAGACCCCAGUUGCUCAGGCAACGGGCGAACGAAGUCCGACUUUGAGUUUGGCUGGUUCAUCUGACGAUUUUGAUGAUGUUGGUGAUGAAGAGGAUGAGCUUGACAACACCAAGUUUAUUCCGGCAUAUGCCCUCAGCACAAUCUCUUUUCAGAAAAGACAAGCCUUAGUUCAGUACCUUGAGAACAACAGAGCUGGAAUUACGAAGUUAUCUUCACACCAUAUUCGGGAUAGAGUUGUCUCUCGUGCUCUGGCUUCUCGGGAAGACUAUAGGCAUAUCUUGAAAGAAUUGUCCUCUUACCUUUGUCUCUUUUUGUUUCUGUACCUUUUUCUUUUUGGAACCAAUCUAGAAUAUAUUUGCUCCGAGGUUCAAUGUUCAUGUUGGGGUGAUAUUCUCAUAUCUGGGUCAGAUCGGCUAGAACAGAACAUCGUGUUGCUCCAUCAAGAAAAUGGUCAAAAGCCACGAGGUGGGAAGUGGCUGACGGAAGACGACGUCAUCCGCCACACGUCCCCUCCCUCCUUCUGCCACCACGCCAACUUUCAUUUAUACCCGAAACGUUACUGCUCAAAACAACAUUCUAAGCAAACGAAAAUGGAAGGAGUUAAACAAAGUAGGGCUUACUCGAGGUACGCGGCGGAGACCCCCACAUCGCCGCCGUUCACCGGUCCUGUCCGGAAGUGGAAAAAACAGUGGGUCCCCGUCACCGCCAAUUCAAGCAAUCGAACUCCACCUCUUCUACUCUGCCGCUGGGUCCCACUCCCCGCCGAUACCGAUCCGCCGCCCGCCCGCCGCUUCCGUUACACUCCGGUUGCUGCUCUAAUAGACAGAAGCAAACAGACGGCUGUUGGUUGUGAAGAUAGUGUAACCAUAAGAGAUCAACCAAAUGAUGCGCAGACGAUCAGAAAUGAGAGUGAUUCUAUUCUGGAAAAGCCUGCUGAAGAUAUUCCUGGUGAAGAAGCUGAGGAACUAGAUGAAGACGAUGAUGAUGAUGUAGAUUCAGAAAAACUUGAAGGUGAAGGAAGCUCUUUUGCCAAGAAAAGGAAAGUGAGCCCAACUGGGGAAAGCAAAUAUGCUCUGUUAGGUAGGGUUCAAUGAUAAUUUUUUGGCCGUGUUCAUGUUCAAAUAGCUCUGUUCUUUGGGCAUGUCAAAAACUGAAACACAAGCCUAGGGGAUUUUGUCUUGUAAAAUGGAAAAAUGUAAAUAUGUAGGUAACAGUAGUCUAUUCAGUAAUGUACAGGUAUGUUGUUCUACACACAGUUUUUAUGAUUCCUUAUGCUACUUGCCUCUCCCUGCCUGAUUUUGGAUUCUAGCAACAUUGGCCCGGGAUAUAUUCUACAAAUCAA